AUGGAAUUGCAUAACCUCACAUGCACCUGUUAUACAGACUUUGUUAAAGAAUUCGUUUGCGAUUUAAAAAAGCUAACAACAGAUGCCUUUGUCUUGAAUGGUCACUUUAUGUUGAAUCGCCCUAUGGACAAAAAUGCCGAGGCGGGCAUUGUCAUAAAAAUGAACUUGCCGAAGCAAAGCAAGAUAUUGAAAUUUUUAGAUGUAAAGGUGACCAUAUGUGACAGUUUAACCAAUAUGGAUAAGGUGCCAUUGAUUAAGGAACACUUUAAUGAGCUCAUGACCAGCAGUACCUUGCCUGUGUCUUGUCCAAUAAAGGCGAACGUGUUGUAUAAGAUCAACAAUUAUACAAUCACCAAUAACUUCUUUCCCAUCUAUACGCCCGUAAUGGAUUUCAAUUAUACCACAACAGCUGGCGGAGAAGUUGGCAUAACCACACCAGCCAGAUCACCUAGUGCACGUCAGCAGCAGCAACAACAGUUGCCAGCUCAGCGGUGGCAGCAGCCCAUAGUCAAACAAGCCCGCUUCAAUUGA